CGAUCUGAGAGAGAAAUUCCGCUUUCUUCCAUCCUCGAUCUCUUCCGUGUGCGAGGAAAGGGGGGGUUUGAGCGACGACGGAGAGGUGGAGAAGGAGCAGCAAAGGUUCGAUUCUUUUAGGGCGGAUCCGAUCGGCGGCAGAGCGGGAGGGAUGACGGCGGGAGGAGGGCGGCAGCCGACGUGGAAGGAGAGAGAAAACAACAAACGGAGGGAGCGGCGGCGACGGGCGAUCGCGGCCAAGAUCUUCACCGGGCUGCGGGCGAUGGGGAACUACAAGCUCCCUAAGCACUGCGACAACAACGAGGUCCUCAAGGCCUUGUGCCGCGAGGCCGGGUGGAUCGUCGAGGAGGACGGGACCACCUACCGGAAGGGCUGCAAGCCGCCACCACCACCUCCUGAACCUGUAGUUGCUGGUCCAUCUUCAAGCAUAAGUCCAUGCUCCUCCCCCCCUCUGCUGAGUCCGCUCUCCUCAUCUUUCCCAAGUCCCGCACCUUCCUACCAUGCAAGUCCGAUGACAUCAUCUUUUCCAAGCCCCAGUCGCCAUGAUAAUAUUCAUAACCCUAGCAUCAACCCUUCACAUCUCCUCCCAUUUCUCCAAAAUCUCACCUCCCUUCCUCCACUUCGCAUAUCAAAUAGCGCCCCGGUGACCCCUCCACUAUCAUCCCCUACUGCCUCUCGCCCACCUAAGAUCCAGAAUCUUGACAAUGUAUUCUGCCACUCACUUUAUGCUAUGUCCGCCCCUUCUAGCCCCACUAGAGGCCACCACCAUGUCCAACCUGCCACUAUACCUGAAUGCGACGAGUCUGAUGCAUCAACUGUUGACUCCGGCUGGGGGGCCAGCUCUCAGACAGCAGUCCCUGGGUCACCGACUUUCAACCUUGUCAAGCCCUUUGGUUCGAUGAAGGGGACUGCUGUUCUGACAUCAGGAGGGAUAUCAGAGAGGGAACAAGAAGGCACGGAGUUUGAAUUUGAGAAUAGGUGGGUGAAGCCGUGGGAGGGCGAGAAGAUUCACGACGUUGGACCAGAUGACAUUCAGCUCACUUUGGGAAUCGGAGUUGCAACCCCAAAGUGAAACGUCACAUUUUGAAGCUUUAUUAGUGUGCAUUCUGUUUUCCAAGUUCAGGAUCGAUUCUUUGUUGUCUAGAUAUUCUGUGUGCUGUUCUAGUGUCCCCAUUCAUUGUCUUGGUCUUCAGCGACUAAGUUGUGCUAUGACUUAAUGAUUCCCAUGAGAACGUAUUGUGCUAAUACAGAUAAAUUUAUUCCACGGGGGGAGUUUUUUAUGUGAA